AUGUACAACCGAGAGAACUUCCUCUAUGAUCGAAGUCUUCGACGAAGGAAAGAGUUUCAGGUGCAGAACUUCCGCGUGGCGCAAGCGGAGCUGUGGCGCAGGGACGUGCGGGAUUUGAUCUCCUUGACGGAAUACAAGAUGCAUGUGUACCUCCUAGUGAAUGUGCUUUUGCUCGGCAUCACCGUGGCGCUCUGGUGUCAGGGUAAGCUGCCCCACUCGACGCCCGUUUGGUUGAUGACGGGGAAUGCGCUUGCGAUGGCUGGGGCCUUCUCCUUCAUCUUGCUGUCCAUUUGGAUGGCCAUGCACGCAGCAGUCUCGGCACAGAGCUUUGAAGCUCGGCUCCUGACGCAGAUGGUGCGCUUGCCGAUCCCGACCUGGAAGGAGCUGAGCUUUGGAAGACGCGCCGCGCUGCAGCCCAACAAGUCUCCUCCUUUAUGCCCCGACCGAACCGGGGAGGUGGAGGCCUGUCGAACCUACGCCUCGGAGUUCGAACGCCUGGAGACGAAGCAGCUGUUUCGAAUUCCCUUCGUCAUGGGCAAACAAGAAGGCCUGGUCCCUCCAGACCCGGAGCCCGCGAGCGGAGCGAGCGCCUCGCAUGAUGAUGAUGAGAGCCCCAGCACUGCAUCCAGGCGUUUCAUGGAGGAGGCUCAUGUGGACCCGUGGGGCUUGGAGAGCACUGGAGCCAAAUUGCCGGAGCUCGGAUCUCGCAUGGGCCAUGGCAUGCACAAGUACCGCCACGUGAAGCUGGCACGGCAAGCCAUGGCCUUUUGGCAAAGCUAUGAUGCCUUUGCGAGGAUUUGUAUGAGCAUCGGCGUGAACCAGCUCCUCAAUGCGAAGGUGCCUUCCUCAGCCACUUAUGGCGUGGUGGUGCUUACAACCAUGGCCGAGACACUCAACCGCCUGGAUAUGUCCUUGACCUGGUGGCAGCUGCGACUGAUGCAACUGUUCCUCUACCUCGGCCCUGCCAUUGCCACAACCUCCUGCUGGGCUUGGGUGGAAGAUGGAUGGGAGCUCGCGGAGGGUCUGGUGGUGUGCGCCUUCCUGGCACAUGCGGCGUAUUUGUUGACGGUGAACACUCUUUGCCACAUGCACCUGGAGCACAAUGGUGCCAUGCUGCCGGUGGUCUACCGCUCGGUGCUCUACUUGGACGUCUUUGGUUGGUCCAGCCAGGCGGGUCGCGUCGAGGUCGAUGAGAGCCGCACGCCACAGCGAAACCCUGGUCUCACCCGGUCUCAGAUGGGAUCGAAUUCCUUAUGGAUUCUUUACACUCUUUUUGGUCGUGUUUCUUUGGGGGUGCUUCUUUGGGGGUAG